CUAGCGAACGGUGGGCGAUACUAGGGGGCUGUCGUCCAAAGGUAGAUAGGAAUCAAGAAGCCUGAAACUUGCUGUUUGCUGUACUGAACGUCAGCUUAAAUUUGAAGCGGAACAAGAUACAGAUAACACUGCAGUAUGACCAAAGACAUCACAGAAGCGGACAUAGACGCCAUGAAGACAAGGGAAGUUUACAGGCUCCUCGAUGACUUCGGCGUGGACGGAGAAGAUCUGGAACCGUCCGAGGCCAAAACAGCCCUCAAAGAAAAGAUCAAGCAGAUGAAAGAAGAAGCAGAAAAAGCAACCAGUCCUGAACAGGUUGCUGAGAAGAUGGCGGACAUAGCGGAGUCUUACAAAGCCAAGCGGGAACUCCUGCUGAAGCGAUGCCAGGACGUCACGGACUACUUGCCCAACCUAGACCCUAGUGAGAGGGAAAAACUCGCGCUCCACUUCAAACGAGACGUCAUGGACAUCUUGAGCGAAGUAGAAGACCACCUCAGCAAAGAUGACUGCCCAAUACUUGUAGCAGGUAAGCCAGUAUAUCGACAACAGAGAAAAAUAACUGAGAAAUUCUUGGAAACGGCCACGGAAGAAGCAGCAGAUGUCUUCUCUGACUUCUUGCGAGGGGAAGAAGUGAGGAAACAUCUUUCUACGGUUCCCAUCAAAGCUACCACGGAAGACAACGCUAUAGCAGAGCUAUCUUUGGCGAUAGAAAUCUAUAUGAUGAAGAAGUGUCAACCAUUCAAGGACAAGGUAAGAGCUGCCAAUACACAGUUCCGGGCUAAACUCGAAUCGAUGGUCGCGAGGGUGAACCAUGAGCACAACGAAAAGAUCAGGCCUGUAACAGGACGGAGACACCAAUUGAAUGUAGAGGAUGUUGUAGGCAAUCGACAGACCAACGCCUGGUUUGAAUGGCUCAACCAGACAGUACGCAGACUGAACGGACCAUACCUCAGCAUCAUGUCGGCCUUUAAGGGUGAUUGUGAGCACACAGAGCGAUCGCGGCUGUCUGAAAUGGCUAUUGCCGCCAUGGCAACAGAAGGAGAAGUAUUCGCGAUAGCUAGGAAUAAUCUCCUCAAGUCAUUUCAGCUACUCGGCGCUUUUGAAUCGGAUUUGCAGGGGGUGAAAGAUGUGGAAGAGCGCCUCGUUGAAGAGCGUUUCUCGGAGACUAGGAACCAGAUAGAUCUGGUCAGUAAGUACGAGCCGCAGGCAUCCGACAUCACCCUACAGCUGGGCCGACUGGCAAUGGUGGACCUGUCAGAGAUGAGGGAGUAUGAGUUUGACUUGGACAACAUCAUCGGCUGGCAGGACCCGCAGAACAAGAUCGGUGGAGGGUCGUAUGGGGAGGUGUACCGGGUAGACGUCCAGCGGGACAGUGCACGUGUCCGGGCAGCGCUUAAGAUUGGGGUCCUGCCGUACGCUCUGACCACGAAGGACAACGCAUGGAACUUUCUCGCAGAAGAAGACAACCUAAGGAAGCUGAGGGGUGAACACAUCGUGGAGUACUACGGCACAGCCUGCAGGAGGGAGGGGGGCGGUCUGAGACUGGGGCUGGUCAUGGAACUGUGCGAAGGGACACUGGAGGACAGAGUCGUGGGACAAAGGGAACACAACCCAACCUGGUGGGAACACGACCGUAUAAGGAAGCGAGAGGCUUUCCGGUACAUCCAGGACAAGUCUGUCCAGCUGUGUGAGGGCCUGAGGACCAUCCAUGAUGCAGGGUACAUCCACAGGGACCUCAAGCUCAUCAAUGUGCUGGUUACUGCAGGUGACGUUGUGAAGCUGGCUGACGUCGGCGUGACUAAGAGAGAAGUGGACGUGACCGGCACAGUGACCGGCACAGCCAUCUACGCAGCACCAGAGGUGAAGAAUCGGCAGCUUUACGACAAGAGUGCAGACAUCUACAGCCUCGGACUCCUUCUGUGGGAGAUGUGGUAUGGACGAACCGUCUGGAACGCAAUGGAGGAUCCGAGUUUAAAGAGUCUGACAGAAGGAGAGUCCAUGAUGAUGCCUCAGUCACCAGCAUCAGUCCGACCCAUACCGGAGUGGGCAACUCUGGUUCGAGAGUGUCAGCACAAGAACGCCAACAAGCGGCCUUCUGCACUGGAGUGUCUCCAGAGGAUCCGAGACAUGACGACAGAGGUCGGUCCACAACGCUCUAUCUCUUUUCAAACCACUGUCUGAAUGUUUGUGAGGAAAAUA